CCUUAGGAAAGCACUCUUACAAAUAUUUUAUUAUUAUAUUGCCUUGAUACUAUUUUAACACGACACUCUAAUAUUCAGCCUGCACACCUCUUAUUUAUUAAUAUAACCUAUUUCUACAUACACAUAUAUAUACAGCCUUGCCAUGAGCGGACUGGGACUCAAAAGACGGUCGCAGAUGGGGCAGACCGCGUUGGUGCGCAAAAGCGACAUCCGCGUAGUGGACCGCAGCAGCUGCGACUUUGAUGAGUUCCAGGCGGCGCAAAGCGUGGGCAGCGGCGACAAUAACGACGUGUGCUUCCAAAGGCUGACUGGGUGGCUGCACGCAGUCGAGAACUACCAAGAGUUCUUUCGCAGCAUGGCGGCAGCCGAGCUGGACCUAGCGACAGUCUACGCACGCAUCGGUGACAUCCUCAAGGUGCCGAUGCGCGAGGGCGCGCUGUUUUUGCCGGCCGCCGCAGGCGACGGCGUGCAGUCGGUGACGCGGCAGCUCAAGGACUUUCAGCAGCUGAUGGUCGAGAACCACUGCGCAAUCAGCAGCGCGGCAAAGGACGGCGCGCUGGCCGAAUUGAAAGAGCUCCACAGCGAGGUGCGUGCAUUGAUGGCCUCGUACACGGAGGCCGUACAGCCGGCGUUUCGCGAGCUGGAGCAGUGCCGCGCCAGCGUGCGGAAGCGCGCGGAGGUGCUGGCAGCGGCAAUUGCUGAGGCCGACUCUGCAAAGGACCCGUUCAUCAUCAGCCUGGAAGUCGAGGCACUGCUGCGCAAGCGCGCAGAGCUUGAGCGGCAUUUGAGCGCGCAGCGCGAUGCGCAGCUGCAGGUGCUCGGUGGCGCGGAGCCACAGCUGACUGAGCGGCUGGCGGCGGUCGUCUUGGUAUAUGUCGACGUGGUCAGCGAGCGGCACCGGCGGCUGCGCGUGGCGGCUAAGCGUGACACGCGGGCGCUCAGGCGCGUCGAUGGGCGGUGCGAGUGGGCGGCGUUCGAGAAGGCGCACAGGGCAGCGCUGUACGACCCUGCGUGCUCGGACCAGGAGUGCGCCAAUCGGGAGUGCGUCGACCAUGAGUACGCUGGGCGCGACUCCGAGUGGGUGCGCGUGCUGCGGCAAGGCGUUGUGGCCAUGCGCGAGACCGGCCCGCUGUUCCGCAGCACGUGGCAGUCCAAGUACGGGGUGCUGACGACACGUGGCUUCUUCCAUGUCUUUCGCUCGCAGGGCGACGUGGUGCGCGGCGCGCCUGAGACGUCCGUGUUCUUGCCGCGAGCGCGCAUCGAGGCGCGGCGCGGGCUGCUGCAGAUAGUCGCUGGGUCGCGGUUCAGUCGCGGCCGCAUCGUCAUUCAGGACGCACAGCCCAGCCUGGACAACUGGCGCCUGCUGAUGGAGAGCACAAUGCACUCCGAGGCGCCCGGCUUGGCCACCCCGGCGUCGUCCAGCGCCGAGUCGUCGCCCAAUGUGUCGCCGGUCCACGUGCGCGGCAGCACGCAGUGGACCACGGUGGCCAGCAAGCCGCAGGCAGACAGGACGCAGGGCUGGAUCGACGUGUCUGUGCACACGCCGACUCGGCGCGGGCGGCCGUUCUCCGUCGACGUGUCGAUGCUGGGCCAGCAGUCGACACACAUCUUCCACGGUACGACAUCAUCAAACAUGUAUCUGCGCCCACUCGAGUCUGCGCCGAAGCCGCUGGCACCGCUGUCGCCGACCGCCGACUCGCCCAGCUUUGACGAGUACUCGCCGGGGUUCUCGACAGACAGCCCGGCGCCCGGCUCGCAGAGCUUGUCGUCCGGCUCGUCGAAUCUGUCGGGCUCGCGGUUUGGCAGCUCGGGAUCCAAAGACUCGGAGACUGGGCCAAUCGCCUCUCUGCCCGGGCCGUCGUCCAUUGCCAGCCAUGCGAUGCGGCUAGGGCCGCGGGGCGACGAAUUCAGCGCCGACAUUUGGCAUUCCGACGUGCUGCGCGUUGCGGAUGCUGCCGCUAAGUCGCGGCCCCGCCCGCGGUCGAUGCUGGAGGACCCGUCUGCCGGUGUGCUGGACCUGACAAACCCGUAUCUUGGUGAUUUUUUAACGAAGCGCAACCAGCGUGGCACACGGUCUAGCGCCGCCAGCACGGCAGUGCAGUCGUCGGUUUGGCGCAGCAACUCUGUGUACCUGCAGACCUCUGAAACAGCCACGACUGCCACCGCGUCGCCGCAAUCAGCGCGCUAGGCUGCUGCUGCCUCGUUCAAAUCGCUGCCACCACCACCGCUAGCUCGCUCGCAUAAUCUAGUUUCGGACCACUAACGUUUUUCUUUAUAUAUUUCAUACUUGUACC